CUCCCGCGACCCCGCGCCGGAAGUGAGGGCGCGCGCGCCGGGCAGGCGGUUGCGGCCGUUGUGGCGGGGAUGUCGGCUGCGUGCGCCGUGUCCCGCAAAGCGCAGCCGCCGCUCCCGCCGCGGCCCCCCGGCGACAGGGACCCGCCGGCCAAGGCGAUGCGCAGGGGGCCGCGGCGGGACCACGACGAGGAGCUGCCGUGGCCGGGAGAGCACGGCGGCGGCGAGCGGGAGGCGGCGGAGGCGGCCCCGCUGAGCGACGCGCGGCGGCGGCGGCAGCCGCAGGAGCCGAGGGCGGCGGCGGCCCAGACGGAGGAGGAGGCGGAGGAGGAGCGGCUGGAGCGGGAGCAUUUCCGGAGGAUCAUCAACGCCUUCCGAUACUACGGAAUUAAUAUGCAUGAACGGGUGAACAGAACAGAGAGGCAGUUUAAAUCUCUCCCAGCUAACCAACAGAGUCUUCUCCCUCAAUUCCUUCCUCACCUUGACAAGAUUCGGAAGUGCAUUGAUCAUAAUCAACAGAUACUGCAGACCAUUGUGAAUGAUUGCGUUCAUAUGUUUGAAAAUAAAGAAUAUGGGGAAGAUGGAAGAGGGAAGAUUACACCAGCCUCAACAUUUGACAUGGAUAAAUUAAAGUCUACUUUGAAACAGUUUGUAAGAGACUGGAGUGAAGAGGGUAAACCUGAAAGAGAUUCCUGCUACCAGCCUAUCAUUAGUGAAAUUAUAAAGAAUUUUCCAAAAGAAAGAUGGGAUUUCUCCAAAGUUAAUAUCCUGGUACCUGGUGCUGGGCUAGGUAGAUUGGCGUGGGAAAUAGCUAUGCUCGGUUAUGCUUGCCAAGGAAAUGAAUGGAGCCUCUUUAUGCUCUUUUCUUCUAACUUUGUACUCAACAGAUGCUCUGAAAUUAACUCAUGUAAACUUUACCCCUGGAUUCAUCAGUUUAGCAAUAACAGAAGAUCUGCUGAUCAGAUACGGCCAAUUUAUUUCCCUGAUGUUGACCCUCACAGUCUUCCUUCUGGUGCGAACUUCUCUAUGACAGCAGGAGAUUUUCAAGAAAUUUACUCUGAGUGCAAUACGUGGGACUGCAUAGCAACCUGCUUCUUCAUAGAUACGGCACAUAAUGUUAUUGAUUAUAUUGAUACCAUAUGGAAAAUACUAAAGCCUGGAGGAAUAUGGAUAAAUGUAGGUCCUCUCCUUUACCACUUUGAAAACUUGGCAAAUGAACUUUCUAUAGAAUUAAGCUAUGAGGAUAUAAAAAAUGUUAUACUGCAGUAUGGAUUCCGUAUUGAGGUGGAGAAAGAAUCUGUAUUAUCAACAUACACUGUGAAUGAACUCUCCAUGAUGAAAUACUACUACGAAUGUGUGUUGUUUGUCGUGAGAAAACCAGAAUAGAAGCGAUUUGAAUAGGUUAAUCAGAAAAAAAUGUUGGCUCAAAUGCUAAAAUGGAAAACAAAACUGACUGCGUGAUGUCUGGACACAACCUCAAAUCAGUGGUGCCUUCUUAUUCCUAAUUACGAUUUAGAUAGUGUCUAUUUUCUUAAUCUCUAUUGCUAUCCAGACAUAUGCUAUGCCAUUCAUAUUUGUACUAUACUGAUGAAAACAGAGAGGAAAAUGUUCACAUACACCGUCCUUGUACUUCAGAGUUAAUUAGAAAAAAAAUUAAACAUUUUAUUGAAUAUAAAAUUCUGUUUGCCCUAACCAUGCUAAUUUUCUGCAUAUGCUGCCUCAAGUUUUCAUAAAUUUAUAAUUUCUUCUUUUUCUAUUUUCUGAUGUUAAGAAGACAUAGAGGUACUUACUGUACUAGCUGUGUCACAGUUUAAGGAAGUAUAUGUAAAUAUGCACCUGAAAUAAAUUAUGCAGUCUGAAAUGGUUGAAUAGAGGUAAAAUGCUUCUUGGAAAAUACAGUAACUAGCAGAACUGUUAGCCAGCAUUUUCUGUGGAACUGGAAAUAGGAACAAAGUAGACUAUUGUGCAAAUGCUAAUCUUCAAAUCUGACUUAAUAAUCUAAUUAAAACAAAAUCUGUAGGCAAUGUAAAAUAAUAUGUGAAAGCAGAGUAUUAAGUGAGGAACCUGUCACAGGAGCAGUAAACUAACCUCCAGUUCAGGAUUAACACCAAUUGUGAUUAAUCUGUUGAUGUUGAAACUGUUGAAACGGAAAUAUUGGAUGUUUUGCGGACUUAAAAUGUAUAUUGGUUUUGAGUUACCUGCCUGCCCCUUAAGUCAAAGAUGUGAAAGCAAUAUAUUUUUUAAAUAUAAUUAAAUAACAAAGUCCCGUUAUACUUUAAGCUCUUUUUUUUUUAGUUUUAUAGCAUAGCCAAUUUAUCCAUGCCAUGAACAAGUAGUGGGGUGAAAGGCAGUCCCUUUCUGUCCUCCUCCUCCCCACCUCGAGAGUUACAUGUAAACAAGAUGUACUGUAGCCAGAACACCUCCUUGUCUGAGUCAGUCUGUGCAGGCCAGUUGGUAGUUAAUUUGGUUACAACUUGAAGGCAGUUUACCCUUGCUACUGUAAAAUCUACCUCUUGCUUCCUUAUCUUAUUUUUUUUUCUUGGCAAAUAAGGAUUGGGUGGAUAUUUUAUCCACAAAACUUGACAUUAUGCAAGAGAGACAGAGGCUUCUGUCACUUAGAGAAUAGGUAAAUGAGAAAACAUUAGUUAAUGAUCACUAUGCUAAGAGGUGUUAACACAUUAGCCAUUUGUUUUUUGUUUAUAUUAAUAUGAUGGUUAACUUAGAUACUACUUUCAUCCUUUUUCAAAAAACCUCAGUUUUCAGUUAUUUAUAGUCCCUUUUUCAUGGUAAUGACCUAAUCACAUCUUUUUAGUAGGGGCUAUAUCCAUUAUAAAAUUUUGGAUUUUUUCUGUUAAGUCAGGAUAAUUGUGCCUUCAUUUCUUUUUUAAUUGAUAGUUUGCGUAGAGGGGAAAAAAACACAUCUUUACCUUUGUUACAGUCUCAACACUGUGUAAGAGAAGAGAGCCAGUGGAUGCUUCAGUACUGUGUUGUUUUUCUGCUCAGAAUCCUUAUCAAGGA